AUGGAUUAUCAUGUUGACGUCCGCAACAGAUGGGGCGAUGAUGUUGUCAAUGAUAUAAUUGAAAAAUCAAUGACGAGAAGUCCAUUUAUUAAUAAUGCUGAGGAUCCGAUGAAAAUGGUACAAGCACUUCAACAUGCUGUUAUGAAUACUAAACCUUGUAUUCGAUAUCGUCCAGAUUUGCAAGCUAAACUUUUCUUUUAUCCAAUUUUUAUGCUUCCUGUUUGGUUAUUUGAUUUACUUGCCUUGAAAUUAGUUAGCUCAUCUCUCCUUUCUGUUGGAGUUAAAAAUCAGAUCCAAGCUAGUCGAAUAGAAAUUAUUCCUUUCUAA